AUGUUAAGGAUAUCACAAAUCAAGAGAUCUUUCUCAACCACAUCCACAUUAUUCCGUGGACAAAAUUUAACCGAAAAGAUAGUCCAAAAAUAUGCGGUUGGAUUACCACCCAACAAAAAAGUCUUCAGUGGAGAUUAUGUCACAAUCAAACCCGCCCAUUGUAUGUCUCAUGAUAAUUCCUGGCCAGUCGCUACCAAGUUCUUAGGAUUAGGAGCUAAAAAAGUCAAAGAUAAUCGACAAGUUGUAUGUACAUUAGAUCAUGAUGUACAAAAUAAGCUGGAAAAGAAUUUAGAAAAAUAUAGAAAUAUUGAGAACUUUGCGAAGGAACAAGGUAUUGAUUUCUAUCCUGCUGGAAGAGGGAUUGGACAUCAGAUUAUGAUUGAAGAAGGAUAUGCCUUUCCUUUGAAUUUGACGGUUGCUUCAGAUUCUCAUUCUAAUACAUAUGGUGGUGUUGGAUCAUUGGGGACUCCGAUUGUAAGAACUGAUGCUGCUUCAAUUUGGGCCACGGGACAGACCUGGUGGCAGAUUCCUCCAGUUGCGAAAGUGGAAUUAAAGGGGGAAUUACCAGCAGGUGUAACUGGGAAAGAUAUUAUCGUGGCAUUAUGUGGGGAAUUUAAUAAGGAUGAAGUCUUAAAUCAUGCAAUUGAAUUCGUCGGGGAAGGAAUUAAGAAGUUACCUGUGGAUUAUAGAUUGACAAUUGCAAAUAUGACAACUGAAUGGGGUGCUUUAUCUGGUUUAUUCCCAAUUGAUGAACCUUUGGUGGAAUUUUAUAAACAAAGAUUGGAAAGAUUAGGUCCAAAUCAUCCAAGAAUUAAUGAAAAGACAGUAGAAGAAUUAUCCAAUAACAAAGUCAAGAGUGAUGAUAAUGCAGUAUAUGCCAAGCAUUUAGUUGUUGAUUUAUCUUCAUUAUCCCCAUACAUCUCCGGUCCAAAUUCCGUCAAAGUUUCCACCUCCUUAAACGAACUAUCAGCCCAAAAUAUCGCCAUCAAUAAGGCAUAUUUGGUAUCUUGUACGAAUUCUCGUCUUUCCGAUAUCCAAGCUGCUGCAGAUAUAAUCAAAGGACAUAAAGUUCAUCCAAAUGUUGAAUUCUACGUUGCGGCUGCAUCUUCAUUAGUACAACAAGAUGCAGAACAAGUCGGCGCUUGGCAAACCAUGUUGGAAGCCGGUGCUAAACCAUUACCUGCCGGUUGUGGUCCUUGUAUCGGUUUAGGAGCUGGGUUAUUGAAAGAUGGAGAAGUUGGUAUUUCGGCCACGAAUAGAAAUUUCAAGGGGAGAAUGGGGUCUAAGGAUGCAUUAGCCUAUUUGGCUUCUCCUGAAGUUGUGGCUGCUUCUGCUGUUUUGGGUAGAAUUGGAGGUCCUGAGGAAUUACAAGGUAAACCAGUUGAACCAACUCGUGAAAUUGUCAAGUCGAUUGAAGUAACUCAACCUAAACAAACUGAGGCGGUUGAAGAAACUGGCGGUGUUGAAGUACUUGAAGGGUUCCCUAAAUCGAUUCAAGGUGAAUUGAUUUUGUGUAAUGCUGAUAAUAUUAAUACUGAUGGGAUUUAUCCUGGGAAAUAUACUUAUCAAGAUGAUAUCCCCAAAUCCAAAAUGGCAGAAGUUUGUAUGGAAAACUAUGAUUCUCAAUUCCAUUCUAAGACCAAACCUGGAGAUAUUAUAAUAUCUGGAUAUAAUUUCGGUACUGGGUCAUCUCGUGAACAAGCAGCAACAUGUAUUUUAGCAAGAGGGAUGAAAUUAGUUGUGGCUGGUUCAUUUGGGAAUAUUUUCAGUAGAAAUUCUAUUAAUAAUGCUUUAUUGACUUUAGAAAUUCCUGACUUAAUUAAUAUGUUGAGAGAGAAAUAUCAAGGUUCUGAUGAAUUGACAAUUAGAACUGGUUGGUUUUUGAAAUGGGAUGUUACUAAGGCACAAGUGCAAGUUGCUGAUGUUGAAGGUAAUUUGAUUUUACAACAGAAGGUUGGUGAAUUAGGUACUAAUUUGCAAGAUAUUAUUGUUAAAGGGGGUUUAGAAGGAUGGGUUAAAGGCGAAUUACAAAAGGAAAAUUGA